GUUGACAACAUUACUUUCCAUAAUUACCGGAUGAAUAUGUCUAGAACCGCGUCUGACUGUCAUUUGCAUAGAUAGAUUUUGUUUUCAGAAAUGUUUUGUCUUUUUUACAAUACCUUAUUGGUUUCACUGUUAUGCCAAUCAUACAAUUGCUGUAAUUUUCUGAGUUAUCUCAAAGAUAUCUAAAAACAAAUUAUAAUGAAUCGGCGCUGUUGUGGAGAAUCCAAAGAACUCAAUAAGCAGGCCAUGUCUCUUUCAUCGAUCAGUCUUCUCUAAGAUCAUACUUGAUCACUUUUCUCCUGCUUUAUAUUUUCAGGUCAAGCAUGUAUUGCACGAUUUUUAGUUUUUCAAGUGUUGAUGAAUUUAUCCCCACUGGAGCCUCACCCAUUCACUGGACUGAAGAAGAAAAAGCAUUUUAAUCUAUAAACUUGUACCAAGGCUCCGCAAUAACACAUUCGAGAAUUCCCCCCCCCCCCGUCACGCAUGCACCUGCUGUAUCGCCUCUGCAUUGAACCACCAGCCACAGGCUGUGUGUUGAUGUGCUGUUGGUUUCACGACGUAAACACGAUGCUUCUGAAAAAGAGCUAAAUAGCUUAGUAGGCCUUACCUGGUAAAAUAAGAAAUAAUGUUUAAUCACUUAGUUUAACAUGUCAGUGCUUUACAAACUAUUCUUUAUUACAUCUUGAUAUCUACAUUCAUGUGAACCAGUGUGCUGCUAUGAAGUAUCCUGUUAUGAUGCUUAAUUGUGAACUUUAGUUUGCAGCAAUCUAGAUCCUUUUACUGUUUUUUAUUAUAUAUGUUUAAUUCUGUUUUUAUCUGUUGCACUUCAGAGCCUGUUGUUACAACGCAUUUCUUUGCCACGUCUCCCGAGAAUUUGAUUCUAGGACUCAACGGGCUCUUAUCUGGUCUUUAAGAAAGCAAUUGCAUUGAAAGUAAAAUUCACUCUUCCGAGAAUUUAUGUUGCAGACUUCCUCCCGUUCGUCUGCAAUGGCUGUGCCAAGGUGUUCUGGUGAGUCUCAUUGUUUGGAGCAUAGAGGCAAGGACGACCACGCAUGCACAGAGGCAACUCCCGGGAGAGCGGCGCCCGCCGGGGGGGGCCCCACGAGCUACGCGUGCCACGUGCCGGCCUGCCCGGCGCGGGAGCUGCUGCCCGUGCUGUGUCCGCACUGCAGCCUGCAGGUGUGCCUCAGGCACCGGCACCAGGUGGACCACGCGUGCGUGAACCUCCAGGAGGCGGCGCCGCGCAUGCAGCGCACGCAGGAGCUGGUGCGGGGCAUCACUGAGGGGAGGUGUGGGGCUGCAGCCGCCGUGGGGAGGCGCGGGGCCCGGAGUGCGGCCGUGACGGCACGCGUGCAGCUCAUGAAGACCAAGCAGCAGGCAGUGGGGGAGCAGGGGAUCCCUCAGGAGGAGCGGCUGUACCUGCGUGUGCGGUUGCCGCGCACUGCGGGGGUCUCUGAGGGGCAGCAGCAGCAGCAGGAGGAGCGUGCCGUGUUCGUGUCUCGUGCGUGGUCGGUGGGACGCGUCGUCGACUGGGUCGCCAGCGCCACGCGCCUUCCCAACAACAACCACGUCGCCAGUGCCAAGAAGCUGCAUCUGUGCGACGUGGCGACGCUGCGCGCCUGGCCCAUGGACGCCCUCGUGGACUCGCUGCUGUCGGCCCCGGGGAGCGAGGGAGAGGGGCUCGGGGAUGGCGGCGGCGUUCUGCUCAAGUACCUGGACCCUGGCUGCGAUGUCGCACCGGACGCUUCGCCACCGUCGGCGACAUAACGGCAGCGGUCGGCUCGGCCAGUGACCUUCAAGCCCUCGCCUAUGGGGGGCGGCAGUCUGCGAUGUUGCACGUGUGACCCGUCAUCCGCGUGCGUGCGUGCCACACACGUCCAUUGCACUCUGGGUACGCGGCCUUGUACAUUAACAGCCUGCCCACCACUCGCUCUCAACCGUCAGUGCCACCAGUGUUCUGUGGAAUGAUAAGACCCUGCCAUAGAAAAGUGGAAUUUCCAAUCCAAACUUAGGCCCACUAAUGGAGAGAAGCAUCACCCAGCACUUGUUUGAGUGAGAAGCCUUUUUGACGAUGGUCGUUAUUUGACUUUACGACCACUUGACCCCACUCGUAAUGUCCAGAAGUGUAUUUUGUUUGCCGUCUUGUCUCAAAUGUGAAGAACAGCCAUUGCUAGUACUAUUGCCUUGAUUUGUUUUUGUCUUAUGAGGCAGUGCCAAUGAAGGGAGCUGAUAACGCAGUUUCUGUUCGAUGCAAGACGUUUUUACGACAACUGUGACGGGAGUUUGGUGGGACUAACUCGCCACAUCCGCACUCGCCCCUAAGCCUCGCAGAACUCCGUGAACAGUCACACACAAGUCACCGGGUACAAUUCGCAUAUAUGCAGAUAUAUCACACCAAACACAAAGUGCUGUUUGCCACACCAAGCGCAUUUGGCAACCUCCCUAGAAGAGCCUCGGCAAAUCUCUCAUGACCACCGCCCAGCAGCCGUGAUGUCAGGGCCAAACCCGAUUGGUUUGCAAUAAUAUUUGUGGAUUGGGGGGGUUUGGAUAGGAAAGAUGAUGGUCGAUGGAUGCCGAAAGAAAGGACUCCCCCAAAGAGGAGGACCGCAGCAAAGGCGGAGCGAUGGGAUCCGUUCGUAUGCAGGAACGGGAUGGCUCGUGGUGUCGCAGGACCAUGAAGAAUGGCAACAAGCUUGGGGGCGGGGGGAGGAGACCUUCAUCCAGGAGCGGAUCGAGCACGGUGGUUGCGCACUGCGCCCGGCUGUGCGAGCGACUCUCCGCGGCGACAUCGCGCUCCGCCUGCUGCUCCUUCGCGCCACCUGCUGCGGGAGAGAGAGGGAGAGAGGCCGCGGCGCCCAGGGCGGGCGGGCGGGCGGGCGGGCGGCACUGCCCCCUCCCGGCUCGCCGCGGUAUCGUUAUUCGCGGUUAUUGUCAAAUUGUAUCAUUUAACGAUGAUCGCCACAAUGAGUUCCCCUUACCUUCUGAAUUGUAUUUCGCACGUUUAAGCUUGUACGAAUACAGAUUAAUUAAAGUUCUUCGACUGUAGUUUACUCAACAUAAGCCUGCCCCAAGUCUUAAUGCAAGCAGAUGCAUGGUCUACAAUGCGUAUGUCUGUGCUGGCAGUUAAGCGAAUAUUCAAUAAUUCCGUGACCUAUCAAAAUUAUGAGAUCAUAAAAGGGAUGGACAAAUACAUUACAGAAAAAGGAAUGGCCAUUGACUCUUUACUGUAAUGGGGAAAACGGAAUGCUUGAAUAUGUUUGAACAUCAUAACACUGCUGUAUUGUUGCCAGAAAGGGUAAAGCCUAUUGUCAUCAUUUUGAUACUGUCAAAAAGGUCCCAUCUUGAUCUAUAAAGACCUUAGUCUGCGUCUCAAAAACUCCCAGGGUACUUCCCAGCAAGGUAGAAAGCUGACAAUUUCGUACAUAGGUAGCUUUUUGGACACAAUAAAAAUCUGUGAGACCGAGAGUUUUCAUUUUAAGGCUCCCAAAUCUCGAUUUGCACACAUGGCUGGUAUGGUGUUAUUCAGAAACUGUUCAAAAUAUUAGAUUGCGGGUUUUUUCGUUUGAUGGAGCAUUAAACCGCUAAUAAAAUUAAAGCGAGAACCAUUGUUCUAUCUUUAAUUGUUUUGAUAUAUUUUGGAUUUGAAUGAAAACAUACAUUUUAUGAUGGUCAAACCUGAAAAAUGGUCAAAGAUAGGAGCUUCCCCUCAACAGAGUAUGAAGUAAUUUUUUGUUCUUUCUAAUAAAAACAAGUAAAAAAAUUGCAGGAAAAUACAUUUUUGAAGUAGUUAGUGUUUGAUCGUAGAUAAAACAUUUUUUACAAAUCAUAGGUUACUUAUUAUAUUUAUUGAAAACUUUUGCCUGGCAAAAACAGGCUUUAUGAACUAGUUGAAUAAUAUGGGCAUUUCGUUUUUCAUUCCAGUCUGGGACAUUCCUUUUUCUAUCAUUGGUUGGGAGCCUAUCCCCACCAUGUAAUUGCCACGAAACAUUUAUCAAAUGAUCUAAUUUUAGGAGGAAGAUGGCUAUGUAUUACUUUCAUUAUUGAGUUUCUCAUUUCAUAAAUAUGUAUUGCCAGGAAAU